AUGCUUAAAGCCACAAGGAAACCACCGCCCACAACUGAAAUACAAUAUAAAUCGAAACUAAAAGUUAAAGCCAAUAAUAAUAAUGCCAUUGUCGAACGUUUGCCCAUUUUGGCGGAUAGUUCUGUUCAAACGGCGGAAGAUGAAAAUGUUUUAUUAAAUACAAAUUCCCAGAAAUUGAGUCUAAAGGGCAGCCAACUUGGUGGAAGUAUUUUGAUUGGCAAUUAUAAUUAUCUUACCCAAUUGGAGGUUUGUGAAAAUGAAAUGGAAAUUUUGGAUCUCAGUUCUUUGGCACAAUUGGAAAUUUUAAAAUGCAGUCGCAACAAAUUAAUGGAGCUCAUUAUAAAUGGCACAAAUCUGCAGAAACUUUAUGCUGAUCAUAACUCUCUCCAUUCCAUUUCCACAACAAAUGCCCAUCCUGUGCCGAUGAAACUAAUUCAUAUUGAUAUAUCGAACAAUUUGUUUAGUGAUCUGCCAAAUUGGAUUGGUGCCUGUGCCAGUUUAUGUUCCCUGGAUGCAUCUCGCAAUCGUGUAAUCAAUAUAACUGGUCUUUUAAGGAAUUAUUGUAUCAAAGAUUUGCAAACUCUCAACUUGUCACAUAAUGAGAUACAGAAAAUCGAGUCCUUACCGGAUGCCUUGAGUAGCCUUAAGCACUUGAGUAUACAGAGCAAUGAUCUUCAAAAUUUGCCAGAAAAUUUCUUUGCUGUCACUAAUACACAAUUGCAGACAUUGAAUGCGUCGUGCAAUAAACUUAAUGGUCUACCCCGAUAUGAACAGAACAAUAAUGCUGCGCUAAUUAAUCUAUAUUUGGCGGGUAAUCAAUUGAAUGACAGUAUAUUUGAGCCCUUACUGAAUGCUGGCAAAUUGAAAUGUCUUCACUUGCAAUACAAUCGAAUUGGUACACUUCCGCCGGAGUGCUUAAGGAAUUGGAGUGAUUUGGAGAUUUUGGUAUUGUCCGGAAAUAUGUUACAACAAUUGCCAGAACAGGUGGCAACUUUGACGCAAUUGAGGGUACUGAGAUGUUGUAACAAUCUAUUGCUGAGUACACCUCAGUUGGCCAAGUUGGGUAAACUGAAAGUUUUGGAUCUUUCGCAUAAUCAUUUGGAUCGGGUGAAUUUGUUGUCCCUUGUGCCGUCACGUAAUCUCAAGUAUUUGGAUUUAUCUGGAAAUUUGCAGCUUCAGGUUGAUGAACAGCAAUUUAAGGUCUGUCAGACACAAAGUCAAAGGCAUUGGAGUUUUAUUGAUGUAUCGGGCAACAAUCGUGCCGCUUUGCCCACUGGCACAAUGCGUCCCGCCUCCCAACGUAAUCAAGGAAAGACAACACCAUGGACCAUGGGUUUUGCUGAAUCUCCCGGCUCGGGUGAUUGCCGUAAACUCUUGGUCUCACAAUUGCGUGCGGGUAACUAUGGCGGCAUAGAUGAAGCUGUUUAUGGCAUGUUUGAGGCUGCCGAAGGAGGAGGACGUGCUGCCCAGGGAAUGACUAAAUUAGUGCCAGAUCUAUUGAAAAGUGAACAAAUGAUAAAGGAUUCAUCGCACGGUGAUUAUCUAAAGUUUACUUUACUAACGGCACAACAGCAAUGCGGAAGUGGAAAUAUUAGGAGUGCGGCUUUGUUUCAUCUGACCAGGACACGAGCCCCAUCCAAAGUGCGUCCUUUGAAGAGUAAACGCUAUGUAUUGAGAAUGGCAAGCACUGGUCGUUCCGAGGCCUAUCUAAUACGAAGAACGACCCAGUUGCGAUUGACAAAUGCACCAGAGUCAAGUAUUAAGGAGGGCAAGCUACCCGAUCCCGAAGUGUUAGAGUUAACACUUAGCAAUGAUGAUGAGUAUCUGGUUCUGGGCAAUUCCCAUUUGUGGACAGUUAUGGAUAUUGGACGUGCGGCGCGAGAGUUACGCAAAGAGGAAAACGCUCUGUUGGGAGCGAAACGUCUACUAGAUAUUGCCCAAAGUUUUGGAGCCACUGAGAAUCUUAGCGUUAUUGUUGUACGCUUUCGACACUUGGGCACCGAUGUCGAUCAUCUGAUACGGGAACUCAAGCAGAGUGUACGCAAAAAACCCACUUUAGUUGUCCAAUCUCCUCCCAGCAUAUCGGUCUGUAAACGCACCUGUUGUGAUCGGAGCAAUGCCUGCCGUCAUCGUACUCUCGAACAUGAAUCAUUGGCAUUGGCUGGACGCUCUUCGCCGAGUGGCCAAAGUGAUCGGGAUCUAUUGGCCAAGGAUGGCAGCAGCGAUGAGUUUAUUUUGGCUCAUGCCCGUGUCAUGCAGGAGGAACAGCAAUUGGAAAUGCUAGAUGAAACAGAAUCAGUCCUGUCAGAGGAACAAUUCAAAUGCUGGGAAUACAUGCUAGAGCAAAAUACGCAAUUGCUGUUCGAUAAGGAGCUAAAUACCAUAUCAAAGUCGUUUACCAAAAAACCGCAUAUGGCUCCAUCCAUCGGAGCAAAUCUUAAUCAAAUUCAAGGACAAACGGAGCGCAAUGACUUUACCUCGAAUCUGGUUAAAAGUGUUGCCAAUAAAUUCAUCUCGAGCAGUACGCCCCAAUUGCCACAACAACAACAGACCAUGACAAGUACGCCCACACCCAUGGGCUCUUACCAUCAGGGUAUUAAACAUCCAAUGGCCAUGUCGGGACACUUUGGAAGCGCUCUCUCAUUUCAGCAAUCUCAAGCCUAUGGCUACAACCAAUUUGAUGGCAAGGCGCGUAAGUCCCCCGGAGCCAACAUCUACACAAAACGUAAUGGUCUAGGUGGUCCUCAUUCGGCUUAUUUUGGAUCCCUGCAACGGCUAAUGCCGUAUAAUUUUGAAUACGACUUUGCGGUUACUCAAGAACGGGAGCGUAAUAUUUUAGAUGAAGAAGAACUCGAUGAUGAUGAUUUCAAUGAGCAUGAGAGUCGUAUGCGCAAAUAUUGGGGAGUGGCCACAACGGAACUAUAG